GGUGGAACAUUUUUGUUAAAACAUCCAAAAGCGAAGUAGUUUCACUGAAUUCGAUUCUCCAUCGCUUUCCUCAACACGCCAUCAUUCUCUCUCUGUUUUAUGUCUCAUCACAAUUCGGUGGUUUAAGAACCAUCACGAUGAUAUCUGGAUACUAAUUUUCCCUUUGCAAGAAGGGAAAAUCCUACGAAUUUGAUCUUCAAUUUUCAUGAGAGGUUCUUAAAGUUCUUGAUCCCCUUUUUUCGAAUAUCACGUCUAUUCCCAUGGAGGGUUUUGUAAUGUCUAAGGUUUCGGAAAAGGAGGAGGGCAAGAACGAUAGUCAUCUGACAUCAGCUGCAGCUUUUGUGGAAGGAGGAAUUCAAGAAGCUUGUGAUGAUUCUUGUAGCAUUUGCCUUGAGGCUUUCUGUGAUAGUGAUCCUGGCACGGUGACUGGAUGCAAGCAUGAGUUCCAUCUUCAGUGCAUUCUUGAAUGGUGCCAAAGAAGCUCAAACUGUCCAAUGUGUUGGCAAGCCAUCACCCUCAAGGAUCCUACCAGUCAAGAGUUAUUAGAGGCAGUAGAACAGGAAAGACGCAUCAGGUUCAAGCCUGCAAGAACUUCAACAAUAUUUCAUCAUCCCACUCUCGGGGAUUUUGAACUACAACAUUUACCGGUUGGUGUUAAUGAGGGUGAACUUGAGGAUCGAAUUAUCCGGCAUUUAGCGGCUGCUGCCGCCAUGGGGAGGACCCACCAUGUGAGUAGAAGGGAGGGGUCAAGAAACCGGUCAACGGGUCAUGGUCAACCACAGUUCUUGGUUUUCUCUGCUAACCCUAAUGCACCUUCAUCUGCCACUGAUCCAGGUGGAGUGGAAGGUGAACCUGUUGGUGUCACUUCAGCUAGCCCAUCUGUUCCACUUAGGUCAACUUCAGAAACAGCUAACAUAUCCAAUAGUCAACAAGGGACCUCAGUUAUACAUAGAAGCCCAAGCAGUCAAUUAUCUCUUCCUGAUCAAGAUCAAGCUGGUCCUUCAGAGUUCCAAACAGUUACAAAUUCAUGGAAAUCAAGAUUUAAUGCAAUUUCAAUGAGAUAUAAGGAAUCACUAUCAAAGAGUACACGAGAGUUGAAGGAUAGGCUUUUCAACAAGAGUCCAUCCAUGUCAAACAUUGGUUCAGAAGACAGGAGAGAAGUGAAUGCUGAAAUUGAAAAUGUGUCCCAAAGGAUGGAGUUCCUGGAAACCCAUGAAGAUAAUAGACAAGAUCAUGAUCAUAAUCAUGAUCCAGCAUCUAAUGACAAUAAUACCCCUGCUACCGGUCCAAAUGCUGCUUCAAACUAAUAUGUUCAACUCAUUUGACCAAUCAAAGAUUUCAUCAGUUAUCUGCAAAAGUGGCUUUUUAACACAUGGUUUAAUAUUUCACAACUUUCUUUUUCUAUCUGCUUGUGAAAAAAAAAAAAAAAAAAAACCCUUCAUAUAGAAACAUAGAUUUGGUAUGGACAGCAUACGUUAAUUACAUGAUUGUUUUGUUUGGAGGGUUUGUGUUGAAUUAUUUGCUAUACCAUUACUAUGGAGAGAUCAUGAUAUUGGGUCAA